AUGCUUAUCUCAGCUGGAGAUGACACAAAACUCUAUGCAUAUGCUGUUAAAGAAUUCACCGGGUUUAAACCUCAUUGUAUCUGUCCUUGGCCUCAGAGAACACCCAUUCAAGUAGCACUUAAUACUUCCUUCAAUCAAUCACCAAUGCUUUUACUACAAUCUUCACAUUGGUUAGAAGUCCGUUUGCUACAUCUCAAAAAUGUUCGCAGAACUGGAGACUAUGCAAAGGCUGAAAGUGUUGGGCGAUUCAAGAUUAAAGCAUCUCAUAAGAUAAUUUGCAGCGCCCUUGCUAAUUCAGGGAUGUUUUUUUUGCCUUCCCGAGAGAUUACCUACUGCCCAUUCAAUGAUUUUUUUUCUCAUGACUCUUCUUGGUUGAUAGUCGCUGGCCUUGAUAGAAGGAUAUAUGUUGUGGAUGCCAAUAGCUCGGAACUGAUACAUACUUUUACACCAUUUCGUGAAUCACAAGAUAAUGGAUUAUCACCAGCCGAACCACCCAUCACAAAAUUGUGUACUAGUUCUGAUAGACAGUGGUUGGCCGCCGUGAAUUGCUUUGGGGAUAUAUAUGUAUUUAACUUGGAGACACUAAGGCAACACUGGUUCAUUUCGAGAUUGGGUGGUGCCUCUGUUAUAGCGGCUGGAUUUCCACCUCAGAACAACAAUGUACUGAUAGUUACAACUUCUUCAAAUCAAGUGUAUGCAUUUGAUGUAGAGGCCAGACAAUUGGGGGAAUGGUCAGUGCGGAAUACAUUUGUUCUUCCCAAGAGAUUUCACGAGUUUCCGGGUGAAGUCAUUGGACUUUCAUUCCCUCCCUCUGCUCGCGUCGAAUCUCAGCGUUCAUGUUUCGUGCAAACAACAACAACUCCAUCUCCAAUUCCAUUUUGGUGA